AGUAAAAGCAAAGAGGCCACCUAAUGACUUCCUACCCAACAAUGCAAACAUUAGCAUUUCAGAACCUCCCCUUAUAUAAACUCUACUAUCAUGCUCAAACAUCAAGCAUCAAAUUUUCCCAUUCAUUCUGUCCUCAUUUCCCACUAAAAAUGGAUUGGAUCAGAGGCAAUACCAUUGGCCGCGGAUCCUCUGCCACCGUCUCUGUCGCGACUUCUUGUCAGUCCGGAAACAUUUUUGCCGCUAAAUCUGUCGAAUUUUCACAAUCCGAGAUGCUGCAAAGGGAGCAAGUAUUUCUGUGCACAUUGAGAAGUCCUCGGAUUGUUGAAUACAUGGGCUAUGACAUUACUAUGGAAAACAACAAGCUCAUGUACAAUCUCAUGAUAGAGUACGCCCCGGCUGGCAUGCUAAACGAUGCAAUUCGAGAUCAACGUGGAGGGCUUCACGAAUCCAGGAUUUUUCAGUACACACGUGAAAUUGUACAAGGCCUAGAGUACCUUCAUUCAAGUGGCGUAGUGCAUUGUGACAUCAAGAGCCGCAACAUAUUAAUAACCGAAAGUGGAGCCAAGAUUGCUGACUUUGGCUGUGCCAGGUGGACUAAUCCCAAGGCCUCGGCUGCCACGCCGAUUGCUGGCACGCCAAUGUUCAUGGCCCCGGAAGUGGCACGCGGGGAAGAACAGGGGUGUCCGGCUGAUAUAUGGGCACUUGGUUGUACAAUUAUAGAAAUGGCCACAGGGAUGUCACCGUGGCCUAAUGUCAACUCCGAUCCCCUCUCAAUUCUUUACAGGAUCGCUUAUUCAGGAGAAUCACCAAAUUUUCCAGAAUUCCUCUCUACAAAAGCAAAAGAUUUUCUUAGCAAAUGUCUGCAAACAGAUCCAAAAUCGCGGUGGACAGCUAAACAGCUCAUCAACCACCCAUUUAUUCAAGAAUUCGAAUUAACCCAAAAACAAAAUCAAAAGUCCAUCACAAAUUCUCCAACCAGCAUUCUUGAUCACGGGGUCUGGACAUUUACAGAAGAGUCUGAAUCAAUUAACAGCAUUGUCGAAACAAAAUCAGCCUCUUUAUCGCGAAGAAUCAGAGGGCUGUGGCUAAAUUCAAGAGCACCGAACUGGGAAUGGGAGGAAACGUGGAUCACAGUUAGAGAAAAUGUUGAAAGUGUGAAACAAGACAAGAAUGUGACAUGUACAAGAAUGGUUGGUGAUGAUUUGGAGCUGCAAAGUCGCUGUAAAUUUUGAAAAUCUUGGGUGAAAAAAUUGUUAGUUGUAGAAAUUGUAGUUACGUCUUGUUGGCUUGCACAUGUACAGAUAAUAGUUGCAACUACUAGCUUGCAGUGGUUACAAUAUUAAGAUCUAACUUUUUUGAAUGAAAACGUGGUUAAGCUAAACAAUAGAAAAUAUAUAUAUGCGUUUUAUGUGCUUUCA